AUGGCCAUGGCCUUUGACCGAGUGAAUGGGCAUCUGCUCAACAUUCAACCCCGACCACGUCGCAGCAAAGAUGCGAGACACGAUUCUGACGCCGGCGGCACCCGGAUUAGUGCAGUUGAAUUAGCAAUCGGCUCAGAUAGCACCAUCUCUGAAGCUGAUACGCCCGCCACAUCCCCUCCAUCCAAGGCAACUCCGACCAAACUCCCGGUGCUCAAGGUUUCCACGGAUAAAGACAGUAAGGAGCGAAAGGACACCGCUGCGUCAUGUGAAGACAAAGGACGAGACGGCUCACCUGAAUAUGUAUCACCCAAAUCCCUCAAUCAGGAUCGCGAACGAUAUUGGCAGAAAAUAAGGGAUAAGGUGGAUAGAGAGUCCUUAUCGCCGCGUGAUAACGAGAAGGAGAAGACACACCACCACGGGGCGUACCGAAAAAUCAUGUCGUUCGCAAAUUCCUCGCGACAUGAAAUAUCGAAGCAGAAGUGGAAGUACUCUGGCAGCUCUUCCGGUGACAAAUUAUGCACGACAGGGAACAGUCAUGCAGCGGAGAUAGGUACUACGGCUCCUGAACAACGAGAUGGCUCCAAGGACAGCACUUCAAUCGACCGAAAUCGAUUUUCGGAGGGAAAAGGACGGAUGAACAGUAACCAUUCAGCAAGCUCGAAUGAGAGUGGACUAUCUAGCCAGAAGUCGAAGACAGGCAGUACUACCACUGAGUCGUCUUACAACUCGAAUUCUUCCGUCUCUCCCAUAUCCGGCCCCUCUGGACCCUCUUCUUCGAUAAAGGACUGGGAAGAUAGGUUCGUCGUCCACAUGCCGUCGGCCAGGGAGCCCAACCCUCCCACCCUUAAUGUGGGCCAGAUCGCUCAGUACCAACGGAGUAUCGAGAAAGUCCAAAAGGAAGGGGGCUCAAUGGUCGAUCCCGACACCCUCCCUAGCCCGCGUACCACGACACCGGAGCAUAUCCUAAGGUUCCCUGAACACCAUGGAAAGCGGCCAGCGAUGCUCGACGGCCAGGAUUCAAGGACAUCUUCUUCUGAUCAUGACGCUGAUAGUGGCUUGGCUUAUCACUCCAAUCACCCCCGCUACUACUGCCCGGAUGAAAUUGGCAAAAGGUUUAGCACAAUCUGGGAAGAAUCGUCCUCCAGCCCCAAGCAGAAGCCGCCACCUGCAAAUCCAGACGGCUCUUUUUUAGGAUGCAAGGAAAUCAAUGGGCCGCACAGGCGAAAUCCCGACGAGAUUCUCUACUUCUCGAUGCCAGAGCGCCCCAAGGUCGUGAAUAUUCCGCCCUCUCGUAUGCCCCGGGUAUCGAAAGACUCAAAGCCGGGCGUGGUGCACCGAGGGAAGAUACGAAACGGGGAGACCAGAAUCGUUCAAGACGAAUGGGAACCAAUUUCUCGGAAUUUGAAGCAUGCCCAAUGCUCGAAGCUAUCCCCCCGCUCGCUAUGCCGGGAGGGGCAGUGCCAGCAACUGAUGACAAAGAAGUCUACGAGCCCCGAAGGGAAAGGCGAGCACGAUCCUACCGAGAGGCGGGCCAGGUCAUCAGAGAACCAGAAGCCUGUUCCCAGGGCGGACGAUGUGUUCAUUAUCACACCCACUAUAACACGUACUAUGGUGACUAUGACGGAUCUAAAAGGCCACUUACCCAAACCUACGGACAUCAGGGAACCCGUUGCUCGCAGCGCCGGCGAGCUCAUCACCGACGCCCGGACAAGAUUGCCGGCAAACCCGAAAGCAGGUGUCUCGCCUUUAGGUCUACGCCGGGCGACUCAACAUUCAUGGGUAAAAUCAAACGCGCCAUCUGCGGUGCAUUUAGACCCAGCAAGAGCCACCAACAUCCCCGCCGCAAGACAACUAGUAGACAUCAGGGUCAUUCCCGCAGGAGGACCUGCCGCAGCAGACAAACCGCGGGGCAUGCGUGGGUUCAUCCGUACUCCAGGCAUCCCGAGGUCAUCCACAGAGUCUCGCAUCGAUCCUCCCGAAGAUAAAGCAUCCGAAUCCUCCGUCUCAAGCUCACCAACCAAGGCUGCUUAUGCACCACCCAGGAAAUCGACACCGUAUAAUUCAGAGGGGACGAGUUCACAACCUGUCAAUCAAACAACCUCGUCUCCGACCAAGAGCCCACCGCAACCUCGCAGCACUAUGAUGCACGCGAAGAUUACCGAUGUGGCUGAGUUAGAUGGACACCAAGUGGAUGAUCACCAGGGGAUUAAUACCAGCGCCAAAGCCCCGUCUUCCAUCCAGGGCCAAACGAACAACAAAGCACAACCCAAUUCCAAGGGAGUAGUGAGUUCAGAGACUCUGCACAUGCUCAUUGACAUUGUCUUCCUCUUUGUCGCUCAGGUGCAACAUUUCUGCUGUGAGAUCAAAGAGAAUCGUGGCUCGAAGGUCGUUCUACUCAAGCUGUUCGUGAACGGUAUACUCGGAAUGCUUGAGCAUUGUUUACACGUCCUUAGAAAGGGCUUAGCCGUCAUUUCCGCAUACAAUUCCACCGGAGUUUGGCCCAAGACUAACGACAAAGACCUUGCAUGGUUGUUCACUGACCUUGGUCAAGCCAUAGUAUACCUGGUUGUGCUUGGGUUUAUCGUUAUGGUGAUUGCACGAGCUGUGGGGUUCAUGAUCCUCAUCGGCACUUGGCUAGUGUGGUUUGCGAGGCCGUUUGCGUUGACUUUUCGUACAAUAUCGCGGGUUCUAUUUCUAUAA